UGAAAUUGAGGUCAAUGGAGAUUUUUGUGAUUGAUUCAUUGGGGAAGGGGAUCAGAGACCGCAAAAGGAUAGACACAGCCGUUGCUGAAAAUAUGGCACGGUUUUUUUGCAUCCUGAUGAAUAUACCAGAAGGUAGUAUUGGUCCUUUGACAGUUAAACAAGCAAAUAUCCCAUCCCAACCAAACUUACAUGAUUGUGGAGUAAUAAUGUUGAAAGCAAUGGAAAUCUGGGAUGGAGAUGAAAAAUACAACGGGAAAAGCAUGCCUGAAUAUACAACUGAGGAGCUGCUUGGGAUUAGAAAGAAAUAUGUGUGUGACUGGAUCCUGGACAAGGAGAACAUUAGCAGAAUGGAAGCCCUACAUCUAUACGGCAUUGUCUAGGAUUGCUAAGAAAUUAUCAAAUUUUGACAUGUAUAAGAUGUUCAAAUAUGUACCUAAUGUUAUUUGACAAUUUUGACAUGUAUAAGAUGUUCAAAUAUGUACCUAAUGUUAUUUGACAAUGUACAGUAUGUGUUUGUAAUAAGAAUAGU